AUGGCCACCGAGAAACCGCUUUGCAAAUAUUUUGCCAACGGAGUCUGCUCAAAAGGAGAAAGAUGCAAAAAUAGCCACGACAGAAAUGUUCCAACGAAUGAUGUGUGUCGCUACUACAGAGCUGGAAGUUGCUCGUAUGGAAGAGAAUGUCGAUAUGAUCACAUCAAACCGAAGAGUCAACUACAGUCAAAUGUUAGAACAAGUUCAAACUUUGCCGGCACUUCUGGAUCACAUAGGAGAGUUGAAGGUGGAAAUCGCGCUCCAAAACCCAUACAAUUGGAUGCCUUUCUUCCAGCUGAAACAUCGUUUAACGUCAAUGCGCCAGCUUUUGUCCCUUCAUGGCUGAAAGAAGCUCCGUCAAACUACGCAAGUGCCGCCGGUUCAGUGCCCACGCCCAAAUUGAGACCUCUUUGCCCAUAUUUCGAGAUUGGUGACUGUCCAAAGUCUGAGGAGGACUGUGAAUUUGUGCACGGAAUACUUUGCGAGACAUGUUUCAAGGCGUGUUUACAUCCAGAUGAUCCUGAACAACAACAACAUCAUCGUGCGGAAUGCGUGAAACAACACGAGAUGAACUGUGAAAUGGCCUUCAUCGAACAGCGAAGUUCGGAUAAACGCUGUGGUGUUUGCCUGGAAGCAAUUUAUGAAAAGAAUCUCCGUUUUGGUAUCCUUGAAGGCUGCACACAUUGCUUCUGUUUGAAGUGUAUCAGAAAUUGGCGAAAGCAGCAGGAAUUUGAGACCGAUGUGAUCAGAUCUUGUCCGGAGUGUCGUGUUCAUUCGAAUUUUGUUAUUCCAUCGGUUGUUUGGCUUGAAGAACCCGAGGAGAAAAAAGUGAUGCUUGAUGCUUACAAGGAGAACACGGCAAAGAAAAUUUGCCGUUAUUAUCAGGGCUCACAAACGGGUGAUGGGGAUGGUUGUCCGUUUGGGAACAAAUGCUGGUAUCGUCAUCAGUUGCCUGACGGUUCGAUUGAUCCUGGAAAAGAGCCUGGUUCUCGUCGACUUCCGCGUCUCUCGCAAUUCAUCUUUGCCAACGACGAUGAUGACGAUGCUGACUUUGGUGAUCACUACGAGGAACUGACUCGUCUCCUUCGCAAUCUGCUCAAUCAAGGACUGCUCAAUGAAACGGAUUUCGAA